AUGGCGCCCCCAAAUGCUUCACCAGACGAUCUGACUAUCGAGAACCUGACGCCCCAUGUCAUCAAACUCGGGUCGAACAUCACCGACGAGCGGCUGAAGUUCGUGUUUGCAAAGCUGAUACAGUACUCGCACGACUUUGUCCAGGACACGAAACUGACCACUGCCGAAUGGGAAGCGGCAUGGCAAUACCUCACAGAGGUUGGCCAAUUUUGCACCCCGGACCGGCAGGAGAUGAUCCUCCUCUCCGAUGUCCUGGGUAUAUCCGCACUGGUCGACGCAAUCAACAAUCCAACUGCUCCGCGGGCCACAGAGUCGUCGGUUCUCGGACCUUUCCACAAUGAAGCCCACGAAUUCGAGAAUGGGCAAUCAAUCGCGUCAAAGGGAGCUAUUGGGGAGCCAAUGCUCAUCCGCGGAACUGUCUCUGACACCGAUGGAAAUCCCCUGUUGGGAGUCUCAGUGGAUGUGUGGGAGACGAAUGGAAACGGCUUUUACGAUAUGCAAGACCCCGAAAAGGACGAACCGGAUUGUCGGGGUAUCUUUCACACGGAUGCAACAGGCAGGUUUGCGCUGGUCGGCGUUAGGGCGGUCGAUUAUCCAAUUCCGUACGAUGGACCAGUGGGAGUUCUGCUGCGACUGCUGAACAGAUCGAAUGUGCGGCCGGCUCAUGUGCAUUUCGUGCUUCAGCACCCGGACUGUGUACGACUUACCACGGCAUUGUACUCUAAUGACAGCAAAAAUGUAGCGCUGGACCCGGUCUUUGGGGUCAAAAAGAGUUUGAUCAAGCAGUUUGGAUGGUCGGAAGAUGCCGAGCUGGCGAAGAAGUUCGGGAUAGAGAUGCUCGAGAGGGUCGACGCUCAGGGUAACAAAACGGUCGGGUUCUGGACAUUGGAGCAUGAUUUCGUUUUGGUGAGGAAAUAG